AUGGCCGAGGUGGGCACCAGCUCCAGCGGUGACGGGGAAUCGGCCGCCCCGGACAAACCGAAGGGAACGGUCAAGUUCAGCGAAGCCGACCUGGCCGCCAUCAAGCAAACUAGCGACACGCUGAAGCGAAAUCCAAAGAUCGACUUCAGCAAAGCGGAUCUACUGAAGCUGCUCAGCUACCUGGAGGGGGAACUGCAGGCACGGGACGUCGUGAUCGCGGUGCUGAAGACGGAAAAGAUAAAGCAUCUGCUGACGGCACCGCGCUACAGCAAAGUGGCCAACCUGAACGACCCGCAUGCGGCCCUGUUUCGCGAUCAGCUAGCGGCCAGCGGCAACAUUGCCAGCCGGCAGUCCUCCAUCCAGGCGGCCCAGUCCGAGCACGAGAUGCGCCUGAUGAACGACCAGCGGAGCGGUGUCCGCGAGCAGAUGGAUUCGCUGGCCACGCUCGUGAUGCAGCAGCGUCAGGCGCAGGCCAAAAUGAUCGAAGCGCUGAAGGACGCCGAAGAGCGCCACAAGCGCGUGGUGCAGGAGCUGUACGAUGAACGGCGCAAACACGAGCACACGACGGCCCAGGGUGACGACAUUACGUACGGGCUGGAGAUCGAGCGGUCGCGCCUGCGGCAGGAGCUCGAUCACGAGCGCGAACAGCACAAGGUGGUCGAGAUUGAGCUGCAGAAGAUUCAGGAGCAGUUCGAGGCGGAAAAGAAUCGCCAGAAACAGAUCGUCCUGCUGUUGCUGGCGGAACGGAAGAAAAUUAUUAUCAAGUACAUCGAGGAACGCAAGCGAAGCGAAGACCUGGCCCAGAUACUGUCGGAGGAGAAGCAGCGCGUCGACACGAUCGCCGAAGGGCUGGAGGAAGAGAGCAAAAAAUCACUCCGGAUGGAGGCCGAACUCGAGAAGCAGGCGCAACAGUUUAAGAUCGAACGCAAACUGCUUCACCAGAGUCUGGCGAAGGAGGAAAAACGAGUAAAAGAUCAGGAGGUAGAAAUAUUGCAACUGAAGGCGGAAAUUGAGUUGCUGCGAAAGCAGGGCGGAAUACGGCAUCCGCUCGUGGCACCGCAACUACCGACCAAGCCCGGUGGCCUCGUACCGUCGCGUCCCUCGAUCGGUGGUGCCGGCAGUGGUGUCUCUCCCGCCAGCAGUAUUCCCGGAAGCGGUGCAACCUUGACAAGCGGUGCAGCAGGAGGGCAGGUGCUGCCGGGUGUCCUCCCGGGGCAGAUGAUUAGUAGCAUGGCGACGAAGGUGGUCCAACCGACCGCAACCGUAUCGAGCGUUCCCGUGUCUGCACCAACCACCGGCAUUGCGAGAUCCGUUUCUCCCGGGCAACUCAUUCGCCAGACGGCCAUUUCGCAACUGUCCAUCACUUCACCCAACACCGGGGCGCAGAUGGCGGGCUCCAGUCCUGGAGGCGCUGCAGGAGCCACGCCAUCGGACGCGUACGCCAGCACCACACCAGCGGGAAAGAUGACCAGUGUGGGCGUUCGUAAAGCGGUGGGCGUUGCAGCUGUGACCGUCAUUGGAUCGGCGCCCGGAGCAGGAGCAGGAUCAUCGGCCGGAUCUCCAUCCGCCAUCGGCGGCGUCUCGUCGACGGCGACCAUCAAGAAGACAAUAAUUCCACCGGUCGGUGGGCGCGGGGUGCCACCGCCGAUUCCACCCAACAAGCCGCAGAUACCGCCGAAGCUGUCGGGCACAUCGGCCGUUGCAGCGGUGGCCGCCGGUGCCAUCUCGUCCCGCAUACCGUUUCUCAGUCACGCUGGUGGUGGAAGCAGCGGAAGUAGCAGCAGCAGCAGCGGAAGCAGCACCGGCAGUAUUGGGUCCCUGGGCAGCACCACGACGCCCGUCAGUCCGGUCGGCAGUAAUGGCACCUUUGGCUCGGCCGUCGGCAGUAGUGCUAGUAGCAGCAGCGUAGUGAACAACAACGCUCCCAUUGCCAAUAGCAACGUGCCACUGUCGGCCAGCAACACAAUCUCACAGAGCACCGCUAACAAUGCUAUGCCGGCAAGCGCCAAUGUGAACGCCUUACCGCAGCAACAUCACCAUCAUCCUCAUCCAGCUCCACCUCCGACACUUCAUUCACAUCAUUAUCUUCACCAUGUUCCGCACGGUUCCGCGGCGGCGGUCACGGCACAGCACCAAGCCUCCGUCAAUAAUGUUAUCGCCUCUCCUACAGUUGUCAGUGGCGUUGUCCCAGCAACCGCAACAGCAGCAACAAUCGCAGCAGCCUCAGUCGCACCAACAACCACCACCGCAUCAGCCAUCACAUCUGCACCACAACAAAGUCUUACGCCGCCAGCAGGCUCAUCUCCAUCCGUUCCAUCAACCGCCGGGGGGCCAUCAGAAAUACUGACAAACAUCGGCUGCGAAGGUGGGAUCGUGUAAAAACGUUCGCUACUAAAGCAACGCAGCCCCUCCAGGAAUGCUUACACGCUAACAACGUUUGGUCCUAGUAGCCAUAGGGCGCUAGCAAGAUGCUCGCUGGCAAGAAGUGGCUUACUCAUCUCAUGAUGGUGCUUUAGACG